ACCGGAUAAAAGUAUUCCAGCUUAGAACAUGGAAAUGUGGAAUAUAUGGAAGAAAUAUAUGUUAUUGCCUCGUUGGAAGAACAUGAUCGCCCAUCUGCCCCCGAUUCAAUUCAAAUCACACGCAUUUAAUUUUUCUUUCCCACGUAUAUAUAACAAUUAACAACCCUUUUAUCAUCAUUUCCAGCUUGAUUGAAAUCUCUCCAAUCUGAAUUCCUGAUUAUCUCCUUCCUCUUUGAUCAACUGAUUCAUCCUUUCCUUCCCAUAUAUUAAUUGAACCAUGGAAACGGAGUCAGAUUUGGGCGCCAAACCCCAGCAAAAUGGCGGCAACAUUAUCAGGUCAUCGUGGUCGUCGUUCAAGCUCCGGUCGGAAAGCCUGAACACCGUUCGUCUCCGCCGGAUCUUCGACAUAUUCGACAAGAACAAAGACGGCCUCAUCUCCUCCGACGAGCUAACGCAGGCCCUGAAGCUCCUCGGGUUGGACGCCGACGUUUCGGACCUGGAUGCCACGAUCCGAUCCUACAUCCAGCCGGGUCAACCCGGGUUGACCUUCGACGGCUUCCGCGCCCUCCACCGGUCCAUAAACGACGCGUUUUACCCGGAUCUAGGGGGAGACGACGACGAGGAACGGAAAUCGGGGAAUGGGUCGGGUUCGGGGUCGGAGUCGGAGUGCGAGUCGGACCUGUCGGAGGCCUUUAAGGUGUUCGACGAGGACGGCGACGGGUACAUAUCGGCGAGGGAGCUUCAGGCGGUGCUGGAGAAGCUGGGAUUAGGGGAGGAAGGGAAAGAGCUGGAGAGAGUGGAGAAGAUGAUAUCCUGCGUGGACACCAAUCACGAUGGGGUUGUGGAUUUCGUGGAGUUUAAGGAUAUGAUGCGUAAUAUCGCCGUCGUCCCUUUCCCGUCGGCUUGAUCGGAAAAAAAUGGUGUUCCUCUGCUUUUUACUGUAUUCAUCCUUUUUUUUUACCGUUAUUUUCUUUUUCUUCAUUUUUUUUUCUCUUCACCUCUUCUUAGUUUAUUAGUCAUAGACUCAUAAUAUAUAUGUGAAAAAAACAAAGAAAGAAAGGAAAGCUCAUUACUGGCUCAUUUGUAGUACAUUUUUGUUCUCUCCUACUUCCUUAUGUUCAUUAAUCAUCAUCGUUUCUUUUUUUUUUUUUUUGAAAGAAAACAUAUUUGCAUUGAUAAUUACUGGAAAAGGUACAACACUGAUUGAGUUACAAAGUUUGGAGGAUCAUUCUAUAUUGUUCAAUUAAAUAAGAGAAUUUAGUAAAUUUUGCAAAAGCAUGAGCAACCACAUCAUUCCAUAUUCUUUUCUUCUUUUUUCUGUUUCUCUUCACCUCUUCUUUAGUUCAUUAGUCAUAGACUCAUAAUAUAUAUGUUUAAAAAAAAAACUAAGAAUGAAGGAAAAAACUCAUUACUAGCAGUGAUUUUUAAUGUACAUUUUUGUUCUCUCCUACUUCUUUAUUAGUUAUGUUCAUUAAUCAUCAUCUUUUUCUUUUUGAAAGAAAACAUAUUUGCGUUCAUAAUUACAGGAAAAGGUCCAAUACUGAUUGAGGAAGAUCAUUCCAUAUUGUCUCAAUUACAUAGGAGGAUUUAGCAAAUUUUGCUGAACCAUGAGCAACCACAUCAUCAUGGUUUUUAAUAAUUAUAGUAAUUGUCAUCUACUUAUUGUAUUUCUAAUUUUUUCUUUUUUACAACACAACAAUAAAGAAUUGCACUUUGGGGGAAGAUGGAGAGAGUGAGAAACAAACUAGUCUUUGCAACAUGCAUGCAAAUCAUCUUUGUGUAAUACAAUAUUAAUUCCAUUUGUAUUUUUAAGAAAAAACUCAACUUAUGAGUGUGGAUUAGUUUGAGAGUAUACAUCAUACCUGACAACUUAAGAUUGUCUCAUGAUUUAUGUACCCCGACAGAGACAAAAAAAUAAUUACUAUUCCUUCUUCCAUUUCAAUUUGUAAGUCGUUUUAGGUUUGGAAAGAUUUUUCAAAAUGUAAAUCGUUUUACAAAUUCUAGGCAAAUUAAUAACUAUUCUUUUUAACUUUAACUUCAAUAAAUAAUGUUAAUGUAUUUUUAUUUACUCUUGUUUAUAGUUCUAAUAUAAUUAAUGAGGAGUAAAAUAUAUAUUUAAUACAUAAAUUAUUGUUGGAUGAUUGUCUUUUUAAUUUAUG